AUGGCACCAAGAACUUCAAGUAGAGUUGCUAUUGAGGAGGACGAAUUCCCUCUUCUCACCACAAACGGAUUGACCAUCCGUAAGACCCUGGGCGAUGGAAAUUGCCUUUUUCGCGCGUUGUCGGACCAAUUGUAUGGACAUGACGAGAAUCAUCUGGGGAUCCGCAGAGAAGUAGUAGAGUACAUGCGGACUCAUCCAGAUGAGUUCAAGCCAUUCUUUUCGGUGGGCCCGCAGCGUCGAUACCCAAAGAGAAGGGGUGCGGCAGCUGGCCAUGUUGAUACACAGGAGGCCUCAGAUACAGAGUUGGAGAAGGUCUUCCAGGCACACUUAAAGAAGAUGUCGAGGCCGCGUGAGUGGGGUACUCAAAGCGAGGUGACUGCCUUCGUAAAGGCGUUUAAGGUAGAUGUCACCGUGUGGUGUCCUACCUGGAAGACGACGCUCCACGCGGUGAAUGGAAGAUAUUCAAGGAACCAAUCACACAUCGCGUUUAACGGGGAUGCCUGCCACUACUCCUCCGUUCGCAAUGUUAACGGACCAUUUUAUGGGCUUCCGGCCAUCACAUAUGUGGACGAGGAAUCGAGGAUAGACUUGCUGCGGAAAACAAAAACGACGAAGCAACGAAAGACGCUUGCAGGUUCUCCCGCCGUCGUUUUGUCCGGCACAAAGUCGAAGCUCACUGUGCGAUCAAAACAGACACGAAGCAGUGAGGACCGAAGAGAACACCCGAAUUGGACAACGAAGCGUGAAGAAAGGUAG